UAAGUUUUACAGUACUCUGUCACUAUCGUGCCGUGGUACUUAAAAUAAACAGUAGCAUGGUUUCUUGCAGCUUUCUUCCCUCAGAUUUGACUUUUUCAUUAGUGGAGUUAAUCAACUUCUUUAUUUAAUCAAAAAGUUGUAUUUGCGCUUUCAACAAAAAUGUCUUGUCAGAUCAGUUAGUCAUAGAACCUGAGCUCCUCAACUAUUCAAAUUUUGUAUUUCUGUACUACUAUUUUCUCAUAUUUUAAUUUGAGAGUCGAGUUGGGGACAAAACCAGAGCAUAAAAUUAGGUGGUCAGCAGGGGUGGGAGGGCAUUACUAGUUGAGUAUUCGUAAUUAAGGAAAUACAUUAUUCCCACUCUGUCUCUCUCUAAAAAUCUCUCAUAUGUUAAAGCCAGUCCUCAUCUUUGAAAAGGUCCAAUACUCCUUCCUUCCUUCUUUGUUUUUGUUUUGUUUCUUAUUUGUAUCUUGUUAAGUAUCAUUGUAAGACCUUUUCAUGUAAAUAGAUAGCUAACUAUACCAUCAUCCCUUUUUUCUAGUUUCAUUGAUUUCCCCAGUGGCAACCUAAUUUUCCAACCUCACAUUGCCUAUUAAUAUCAUCUGAGCACCAGAUCUUUUUACAGCAGCGCUAUUGCUUUUUUCUCUAUUCUCCGGCUACAGCCCUGGCCAGCAUACUAUUAGUAUAACUCCAUAUAUUUGUAUAUGGGCAAGGAAAAUUCCAUGGAAAGAAUCACUCUAGAUCCUUUCAAGUGUUUCUAUUGUUGUUUCUUUAUCGUUCUUUUGUUGUUGGGAAGAACCGAAUCCAAGGAGUACAUCGUAGGUGACGAAGAUGAGUGGAAUUCAGGGUCUAACCACCAGAGGUGGUCUCAAAAAUACAAUUUCAGCAUUGGGGACGUUCUUGAAUUCGACUAUGUGAAAGGACAACAUAAUGUAAAAGAGGUGACAGAAAUUACAUUCAGAACUUGUGACACUGAGAUCAGUGGAGCUGUGUUAGAAAAGUAUGAGAGUGGGCAUGACAAAGUCUGCCUCACCCAAGCAAGGAAUUACUGGUUUGUUUGCGACGUACCUGGACAUUGUACUGGAGGGAUGAAGUUCGGCAUUCAAGUAACUAAUGCUGAUACUACUGCUCCACAUCCCUGUGCACCAUAACCCAGUGCACCGCAAGCCAGUGGAGUCCUCCAUCUUCUUCAGAGAGCUGGUUGGAAUAUGGGAUAUUGGUCUAGUUAUGUUGUUGUGGCAUGUGGGGUCUUAUUAAUUAUUCCUUACUGGUGAUGCGGGCAGCAGCAGCAAGGUAAAUAUAAGUUUUGGCCCUCAAAUCUUCCAUUUUUUUUGGUAUUUGGGAACUACUUAUAUAGGAUAAUUGGAGUAUUAUUUAUAUCUAUGUAUACUAGCCAUUUAUUUACU